CUUGGAGACGGGUAGUUUUGUUGGCCUGGUACAGCACUUUGGUUUAGGCUGACUCCCUGUGGAUUUAGGCUGACAACCGAAGGGGCUAAAAAGAAAAUCUUUAGGGGUCAGUGUCAACAUUGUCACCAUGUCAUUACGGAUCAAACGUGGACAUUACAACCAUGAAUACCACCACAAACAGAGCCAAUAUGUGGUUAAGGAAUACAGCAGCUCUGAGGCUAUGGAAGAAAGAUAUGAGCACAGAACACAUGCUCGCAUUGAGGACGUGGUGAGAACAAAGAUGCAUAAGAAGUAUGUCCGCGAGGAGCCCAUGAUCCGGGGACCAGAGUUUGUGGUCAGACUUAGAUCCCACACUGUGUUUGAACACACUCCCAUCAGACUCUUCUGUACUGUGCAUGGCUUCCCCAUGCCAAUUGUGAAAUGGUAUAAAGAUGGGGUGAUCCUGGAUUCGUCCUCAGGAAAGUAUUUGGUCGAAUCCAUUGGUGGGAGCCAUUCUCUGGAGAUACCAAGAUGUUCGACUGAUGACACAGCCCAGUACACUGCUGUGGCUGGCAACAUCCAUGGACAGGCGUCUAGUCAGUCAUCCAUUAUUGUGAAGAGAUUCAAGGAGGAGGAGGAGUCCAGUUCAUACGCAUGGCUGCCUUAUACAGCUGCCAUGCUUCCCAAGAUCCAUUACACUAAAAUCAGGAUUACGUUUGUGGAGAAGUUUGGUCCAGUGUUUUCCAGUGAGGGAGGAUCUGCCACUCUGUCCGCCACCAUGACCCUGGAACCCAACCUGGCCAACCUACAGCCCGAAGCACAGUGGUACAGAGAUGAAACUCGUCUGUUUGACUCUAAGUGGGUGAAAAUCGAAACGGGCAGAGGCUUCACCACCUUGCACCUUCCACAUCUGUACAAGGAUGACGAAGGCCUUUACACUCUUCGCAUGGUCACUAAAGGAGGCACUGGAGAACACAGUGCAUUUGUCUCCGUCGCAGACGGCCCUCCCCCAGUUGCUAAUGCACCUGGUGCUCCCAUGGAUAUCAAGAUCCACGAUGCCAACAGAGACUACGUUAUUGUGUCAUGGAAACCUCCCAAUACCACUACUGAGGGUCCAAUCCUGGGAUACUUUGUGGACAAAUGUGAGGUUGGAACUGACAACUGGACCCAAUGCAACGAUCACCCCAUAAAGAUCUGUAAAUACCCCGUGUCUGGGCUGUUUGAAUCACACUCCUACCACUUCAGAGUCAGAGCUGUCAACUCUCACGGAAUCAGCAAACCGUCCCGCAUAUCAGAUCCCAUCGCUGCACUGGAUCCUACUGAGUUUGAGAGGCUUCACGCUAAAAGGCUCGGAGGAAAACUGGAUGUUGUAUCUUACCAUGAUGAUGUUGAAGCUGAAGGAAAGCCCCCAAGCGCUCCAUCAGGAAUCCAUGCCUGUGAAACCGACAGGACAUAUGUUGUUCUGAGCUGGAAAGCCCCAGCAUAUUCCAGCAAGGCUCCUAUGUGGUACUACAUAGAGAAGGCCAUGGGCGACAGUGAUGCAUGGCAGCGCGUUAACACUCAGGUUCCUAUUCGAUCUCCCCGUUAUGCUGUCUUUGACCUGGAAGAGGGCAAAGAGUACAAGUUCAGAAGUUUGUCUGCCAAUAUUCAUGGGACCAGCGAGCCCUCAGAGCCAACUACACUCAUUGAAACUCACCAACUAAAAGGUGUACCAUCUGCUCCCGGUCAAGUAAUUGCAACAAGGGAAACUGACACCUCCGUCCUUAUUCAGUGGUCUCCUCCAAAGGAACCCAACAAUCUCAUUGGAUAUUAUAUUGACCAGUGUGUGAAGGGGUCCAAAGACUGGACCUCAGCCAAUCACAAACCUCACAAGAAUGCCAAAUUUGUGGUUAGUGGCCUGACCACAGGAGAAUCCUACACCUUCCGUGUCCAGGCUAUCAAUGAGCUGGGUCUCAGCGAUGAAUCCCAGGAAUCAGCGCCCCUCACCGUCAAGGCCGCGCUUACCACCCCUUCUGCCCCUUAUGACAUUGCCCUGCUGAACUGCGACGGCCACUCAAUGGUUCUGAACUGGAAGAAGCCUCUUCAUUCUGGAGGUGCAACGAUCAAGGAGUAUUAUGUAGAUAAGAGGCGCAGUGGAACAACCACAUGGAGGGAGAUUCAUAUCCCCCCAGUCACAGAAAGACUUUAUAAGGUGGAGGGCUUGACUGAGGAAGCAGUCUACCAGUUCCAGGUGUAUGCAGCCAACCUGUCUGGCCUCGGAAAAGCUUCCAAACAUUCAGCCGACUACAAAUGUGAGGCCUGGACCAUGCCAGAGCCCGGCCCUGCCUAUGAUUUGACAUUCUGUGAAGUGAGAGAUCAUUCAUUGGUGAUUGAGUGGAAAAAGCCUGUGUACAUUGGUUCUGGACCAGUCACAGGCUAUCAUGUUGAGUAUGCUAAGAACGGAACUUCUGAUUGGACUACAGCCAAUGACCAAGCUGUCAGCCACCGCUUCCUAAAGGUAACAGGUCUGCACGAGGGUGUACACUAUGUGUUCAGAGUGCGUGCUGUUAAUGACGCAGGACUGGGCAUGGCAUCAAUGGUAUCUGACCCUGUGACUGCCAAGGCUGUGGCAGGUUCCCACGAGGUUUCCUGUGUGGUGGAUGAGAAGUCAGGUGACAUUGUCCUGUCAUUUGAAUCCUGCCAAAUUAAGGCAGACUCUAAGUUUAUCUGGAAGAAAGAUUAUAAAGAAAUCACUGACUUCUCCAAAGGAGUAGUAAUUAAGACAGAAGGCAGCCACUCUAAGCUGAUCUUUACGCACCCAGAUAAAGAGGAUUUUGGAACAUAUUCUGUUUCUGUCACCGACACAGAGGGGGUGUCAUCCAGCUUUACAAUCUCAACUGAAGAGUUGAAAAAGAUGCUGACACUCAGCCAUGACAUUAGACACCCAGUCAUCCCGUUGAAGUCUGAGUUGGCCUAUAAGAUUUUGGAGAGAGGCAGAAUGAGGUUCUAUCUGCAGGCUGAAGAGAUUUCUUCCAAUGUCACCUACAAAUUCUUUGCGAACGACAAGGAACUGUCCGGAGCUGAUCCCAACAAGAUGGGUCAUGACACCUCUACAGGUAUCAUUGAGUUUAUAAUGGACCAUUUCACGGUGGAGAAUGAGGGGACAUUUACCUGCCAGAUCACAGAUGGAGGAGGCAAAGGGCAGAGCUCAUUGGUUCUGAUUGGAGAUGGUUUUAAGAAAGCAUUGGCCGAGGCUGACUACCAGAGAAGAGAAUACAUCAGAGUCAAAGAGGGCCCCCACUUCAGUGAGUUCCUAUCACUGCACGUUGGAGAGGACUGCUCUGUCUCUUUGGUCUGCAAGGUUGCCAAUUUAAAGAAGGAGUCAGAGUUCCACUGGUACAAAGAAGACACAGAGAUUAUCCCUGAUGUGAAGCCUGACCUUGGAUCAGGUGUCUGCAAACUACCAAUUAAACUGUUUUCACAAAAGACCGCAGGGGUUUAUAAGGCCACCAUCAGUGAUGACAGAAGCAAAGACAUGAGCCAAAUUGACAUCAGUGGAAAAAUCUUUGAGGAUGCCAUAGACAAGCUCAGCCAACUGGCUGGAGCUAGCGCGGCAGAGCUGGUGAUUAAAUGCACAGCAACGGGUAUUCAGCUGCAGUGUCAUAUGAAGUAUUACACCUCAGAGAUGAACAUCACCUGGUAUCACGGUGAGACUAAACUCUCCCACAAUGACAAGAUUGUGAUUGGAGGAACCUCUGCUAUGGCAACAAUGGAGGUGAUUGAGCCAGUGGACAAGGACAAAGGAACGUACUCUGUCGUAAUCACCAACUCUGAAAAUUCACAGAAAAGAACCAUGGAGCUCACCGGUGAUGUCUAUGAAAAGGCCCAUGCUGAGUUCCUGAAACUCAAGGCCGAGGCAUAUGCUGAAAAGAACCGUGGCAAGGUGGUGGGUGGAUUGCCCGAUGUUGUCACCAUUAUGGAAAAGAAGACCCUUAGCUUAACAUGUACAGUCUGCGGAGACCCCAAACCUCAGGUGUCCUGGCUGAGAAAUGGAUCAGACGUUGAACCCGAUGAUAAGUAUGUGGUCUCCCUGGACCAGGGAAGGUUUGCCAGUUUGACGAUCAAAGGUGUGGCCAUGGACGAUUCUGGCAGAUAUACGAUGAUUGUCCAGAACAAAUAUGGAGGGGAAUCUGUGGAUAUUGUGGUCAGCGCGUACCGCCAUGGGGAAAAAAUCCCUGAAGCGAAACCAGCUCUGACCCCUAAAACCAUCAUCCCUCCCAAACUCCCCAUCGAGAUCCCUCAGCCUAAGACCCAGCCUGCUCCCAGCCCUGCCCAUAGUCCUUCACCUCCCAAGGCAGCACCAGGGAGAGGUGUGAAGAGUCCCAUUCCUAGUCGGAGGAAGUAAAAAAUGUUGAAGCUAUAAAUUUGGGCGGAAAUAUAUACACUUCAACACAUGUAGAUCCACAUAGAAGCUACUGCUGGUGUUCUGUAUUCGGUAUGAAGUUGUGCUGUUUCAUUUGGCAUUCAAUUUCAGAGACAAAAAGAAAUACCCUUGAUAAUUAAAAUAUGUCUUGUGGGUGUAACAGAAAACCAAACAUAGCUUUCAUUUUUGAGAAAUCACUCUGUUAAAAACAACACAAAUGUGUGAAACUGAACUAAGUUAAAUAGAAAGAAAAUUUCCUCCAAUCUGAACAUGACUGGAUUGGAAAAGGGAUUUAUUUGAAAUUAAUCUUUAAUAAAGCCUGAAGUUCAGCUUGCUGGAAAAAGUGAAA